CUCUAAGCGUACAAGCUUUGCAUGUACAGAGCAGAGGUGCUAGUUGAGCAAAUUGACACGCGAGAGGCCAAGUCGCACGCUACGGAGGGUGACUGUGUGAGAUGGAAUCCAGCCGUCGUGUCUCUCUUCUGCUCCUGGGGAUCAUCGGGUGCUGCGCGUGCUUGGUCUGCCGCGCGCAGAUCCCGAUCCCGGCGAGGACGGACGGGUUCGUGUACGGCGGGAAGCCGCCGGCGUGGGGCGAGACGGUGGUGGUUGAGGCGUUCUUCGACCCGGUCUGCCCCGACAGCCGCGACGCGUGGCCGGCGCUCAAGAAGGCCGUCGAGCACUACGGCUCGCGCGUGUCUGUCGUUGUGCACCUCUUCCCGCUACCUUACCACAGCUAUGCCUUCAUUGCUUGCCGGUCAAUUCAUACGGUGAACAAGCUAAACCCAUCAUUCGUGUAUCCUCUGCUCGAGAAAUUCUUCAAAUACCAGGAAGGUUAUUAUAACCAGCCAACCUACACGAAAUCAAGAGCUACAGUAGUUGAUGAAAUAACCAAAAACCUUGUCGUGUCCAUCAUUGGCGAAACCAAUUUGGCCGCAUACAAAGCAGGCUUCAACGAUUCACAAUCUGAUCAAGCUGCAAGGAUAUCUUUCAAGAACGGUUGUGCACGAGGUGUGACUGGGACUCCCUACUUCUUUGUGAAUGGCAUACCAAUCAACGAUUCUGGUUCUCCUCUGGACUACAAGUAUUGGAUAUCUAUCCUUGAUGCGUUGGUUGGCAAGAUGUAAAGGGUUACUCCAUCUGGCUUGUUCAAAAAAAGUUCCAGCUAAAAUAAAUACAAGUGGAAUAAGUAAUGGACAUAUAGUAGCUUGAUAUUCAGCAAGAUGUUGAUGGAAAGUACAGUGGUGAAUUUAUAUUUUUUUGAACAAACAGGCCCAAUUGUUUUUGUGUCCAUUUCAUUGAUAAAGAAGUGGGUUUUGUAGAAGCCGUUGGUGAAAAACAUGCAGAGGACACUAGUACAGAAAUAACUUAUUAAA